AUGGAAGAGACGCAGCCGCUUCCGCAGUCCGAGCUGGCGCUGUGCGACAGCCUCAUCAUCUGGCUGCAGACAUUCAGUACUGCUGCACCCUGUCAGGAUGUCAAGCAGCUGACUAGUGGAGUUGCCAUGGCACAAGUUCUUCAUCAAAUUGAUGUAGCUUGGUUCGAUGAAUCUUGGUUAAGCCGAAUUAAAGAAGACACUGGUGACAGCUGGAGAAUAAAGGCUAGUAAUUUAAAGAAGGUACUUCAAGGAAUUAUGAGUUACUACAAUGAGUUUUUGGGGCAACAGAUUUCUGAAGAACUUAUCCCUGAUUUAAACCAGAUAACUGAAUGUUCAGAUUCUGUGGAGCUUGGGAGAUUGCUCCAGCUUAUUUUAGGUUGUGCUGUCAACUGUGAAAAGAAACAAGAACAUAUUCAGAAUAUAAUGACAUUGGAAGAAUCUGUUCAACAUGUGGUCAUGACUGCUAUUCAAGAGUUGAUGAGUAAAGAAAUCGUGAGCUCUCCCACAAAUGAUGCUGUUGGAGAAUUAGAACAGCAGCUUAAAAGGGCCCUAGAAGAACUUCAGGAAGCACUAGCAGAAAAAGAAGAACUGAGGCAAAGAUGCCAAGAACUAGAUAUGCAGGUGACAGCACUUCAAGAUGAAAAGAAUUCACUGGUUUCUGAGAACGAGAUGAUGAAUGAAAAACUUGACCAGUUGGAUGGAUCUUUUGAUGAUCCAAAUACAAUGGUUGCAAAAAAAUAUUUUCAUGCACAGUUGCAACUAGAACAAUUACAGGAAGAAAACUUCAGGCUUGAAGCUGCAAAAGAUGAUUACCGUGUUCACUGUGAAGAACUUGAAAAGCAAUUAAUUGAAUUUCAACAUAGGAAUGAUGAAUUGACUAGUCUUGCUGAGGAAACAAGAGCCCUGAAAGAUGAAAUAGAUGUUCUUAGAGCUACCUCUGAUAAAGCAAAUAAACUGGAGUCUACAGUUGAGAUAUAUCGUCAGAAGCUACAAGAUCUGAAUGACCUUCGCAAGCAGGUGAAAACUUUACAGGAAACAAACAUGAUGUACAUGCAUAAUACAGUCAGCUUAGAAGAGGAAUUAAAGAAGGCAAAUGCUGCACGCACACAAUUAGAAACAUACAAGAGACAGGUUCAGGAUCUUCAUGUUAAACUUUCCUCUGAAUCCAAAAGGGCGGACACACUAGCAUUUGAAAUGAAGCGGCUUGAAGAAAAACAUGAAGCCUUACUUAAGGAAAAAGAGAGACUAAUAGAACAGCGUGACACUCUGAAAGAAACAAAUGAAGAGCUCCGAUGUUCACAAGUACAACAGGAUCACCUAAACCAAGCAGAUGCAUCUGUUACAAAAAGUUAUGAGAAUCUUGCUGCCGAGAUUAUGCCAGUGGAAUAUAGGGAGGUGUUCAUUCGACUGCAACAUGAAAAUAAGAUGCUUCGAUUACAGCAGGAAGGUACUGAGAAUGAGCGUAUUGAGGAGCUUCAGGAGCAGCUGGAACAGAAGCACCGCAAGAUGAAUGAAUUGGAGACCGAGCAGAGGCUGAGCAAAGAGCAAAUCCGAGAGUUGCAGCAGCAGAUUGAGGACCUCCAGAAGUCUUUACAAGAACAAGGCUCCAAGUCUGAAGGCGAAAGUUCCAGCAAACUAAAGCAGAAGUUGGAAGCUCAUAUGGAAAAACUAACAGAGGUCCAUGAAGAACUACAGAAGAAACAAGAGCUCAUUGAAGACCUCCAGCCAGAUGUAAACCAGAAUGUACAAAAGAUCAAUGAGCUUGAAGCUGCUCUUCAGAAGAAAGAUGAAGAUAUGAAAGCAAUGGAGGAAAGAUACAAAAUGUACUUAGAGAAAGCAAGAAAUGUAAUAAAAACUUUAGAUCCCAAAUUAAAUCCAGCAUCAGCUGAAAUAAUGCUACUUAGAAAGCAGUUGGCAGAGAAAGAGAGAAGAAUUGAGAUUCUGGAGAGUGAAUGUAAAGUAGCAAAAUUCCGUGAUUAUGAAGAAAAACUCAUUGUUUCUGCCUGGUAUAAUAAGAGUCUAGCAUUCCAGAAAUUGGGGAUGGAAUCUAGACUUGUGAGCAGCAGUGGUGCUUGCAAAGACACGGGGGCCUGUGCUCCCGCCCGGUCUUUUCUAGCACAGCAGCGGCACAUCACCAGCACCAGAAGAAAUCUCUCUGUUAAAGUUCCUGCUGCGACAACUGAUUAA